AUGCUUUCUCUCCUCCUAUACGGGAGCGUCACUUCUCUCUCAAUCAAGCGACAAAUCAUCAACGAAUACGCCGGGUCGAUAGUCGCACCUGCUAAUUAUACUGGCAUUGCGCCCGGAGCGGCGUUCGAUUUCGACUACGAUUCGGUCAACGUGUGUGAGUCCGGGUACGAGCCCAUCACGGUAUGGCUACUCGAGCAGGCACCCUCCGUCGACGCUAUGGCAUCCGACGGAACGUUCGAGGAUGGCACAUACCUAUAUCGCUUCGGCGAGUGGCUCAUUCCGAACUUCGGUCUUCCUGCACAGCAGGAUCCGCCACCGCCGCCCGACAAUCUUACAAUGCCCGACUUUUCCUCUGCCGCCUUAGGCUCUUAUAUCUUCACAAACGCCACGUUCUACCUGACUAUCGUGGAGACAUAUGAGAACUGCCCCGGAUACAUUCCGUAUGAAUACGGCGUUACUGCGAACGUGAUCGUCUAUAACGCUACUACAAGCUUCUGA